AGAGUAUACUCACAAUACAUUAUGCCGCGUUACAGAGAUGGUUACUGUUGCCAAAUUAGAAGUUUUACAAAAUUGAACUGAAAAAAAGUACAAGUACGAGAGGUAAUUUGUAUCACGGAUCAAACUAUAGGAUUAUCUGUGUUAUUUUCGCAAGAUAUCUCCUCAUUUCUAUGCUAUUAGAAUCAAUACCAGACCAGAGCAAAUGUUCUCUCGUAUAUAUACGUAUUUCGUAAGUUCUUGAUUAUACUUGCCAAUCAUCAUCAGCCCCAGCUCAAAAUCUUGAAUCCAACAGAAUCUCAAUUAAAAUUUUCGCUACAAGGUAAGAAAGAUAUCUGCCUGAAGUCUGACAGGCAAAGAGAAUCUAGGGGUUCUUGUUUGACUAUACUAACGGUGUGAUAUGCCGUAUCUUGUACGUGAGAACUUGUUUAUUGGCAACAUCGGCGACGCAGCGGAGGUUCUUCAGAAUGGAAGUGAGGAAAUAACUCAUCUACUCUCAGUCCUUAGUUCAGCAUCAAUAUCAUUUUUUACCGAAUGGCGUAGUUCUAUAUCAAUCCCUACCAAAGAGAUUCGCAAAGUGUAUGCUGGGAGCUUAAGGCCUGAGGAUGGUUCAGGUGACAAUUCAAAGAGUGCUUUGUCGCCAGAGAAGCUUCUGUAUUCGUUGGAGUAUGUGGGCAAGGAUUUGAAAUUUGUGAGGAUGGCGGUGGCAAUUAAAGAUACGGAGAGCGAAAAUUUGUUGGAUUAUUUGGAUGUGUGUUUAGAUUUUAUUGAUCAGAGUCGAAAAGAAGGGGGUGUAUUGGUGCAUUGCUUUGCUGGCGUGUCAAGAAGUGCAGCUAUCAUUACAGCAUACCUGAUGAAAACAGAACAACUAUCUCAAGAAGAUGCGCUUGAAGCUUUACGUGAAAGCUGUGGAUCUGUUUGCCCCAAUGAUGGGUUUCUAGAACAGUUAAAAAUGUUCGAAGAAAUGGGUUUCAAGGUUGAUCACUCUAGCCCUAUAUACAAGCGCUUCCGUUUGAAACUUUUAGGUGAUUCCUACAGUAGCGGAAAUAAAAUAGACAAUUCCAAAUUUGGGGCUGAUCCUGGCUUGCCAACAGAAGAAGUUUCUUCUGAGGUAGGAACAGCUGUGGAUGCAGUAAAAGUUUCUUCUCCUGCCUAUCGCUGCAAGAAAUGCCGGAGAGUUGUCGCAGUGCAAGAUAAUGUUGUGGAUCAUGUUCCGGGGGAGGGCGAGACAUCCUUUCAAUGGCAUAAGAGGAGAAGUGGUAACCCUUUUAACAAGUGUGAUGAGAUGGAGUGCUCGUCUAUAUUUGUCGAGCCUCUACGUUGGAUGACAGCAGUCGAAGAAGGUGCAUCAGAGGGGAAGCUUAUGUGUGCUCAUUGCGAAGGGCGCUUGGGUUACUUCAACUGGUCAGGCAUCCAAUGCAGUUGCGGUAGCUGGAUCACCCCUGCCUUUCAGCUCCAUAAAAGCCGAGUUGACAUCAGCACCGUCUGAUGAUUUUCAAGGCAGAAGAGAUAGAUUCAUUUGCGUAAUACAUUUGAGGAUAGAGAAUACCGUAAAAGGAAGGGUUAUGUGUACCUGAUAUGGCUACUUUCUUUUUGUUUUGAAUUGAACGAGAUAUGGCUACCUGUGAAAUAAUAAAACCUGAAAUAUGAUACUCGUGAGUCGUCGUGAUAUGGAAGUGCAAAAUUUUUGAGCUGAGGAUUACAAAGACAAAAUAGAAGAUUAGAUGUUUGAGAAAUUGGCCGUGUUUAGUCGGUCUUUUGCCAGUAGCUGGGGAGUGAAGUUUAGAACUGCAGAUUUUCUGUUCCCGGAAUACUGUUCGAUUUGGUUAUUUUCCAUUUCCAAAUGCUUCAAUGCUUCUUUUUUGAUUCUGCAAUGCAAUUUCUUUGUAUUAUGAGAUGCA